AUGAAGACGUCUGAGGAAAAUGGUGGAUCAGUCCCGGACAAUCGCAGCAACAGUUCCUCCUCCAACUCCUCCAACUUCGAGUUCCACAGAGGUAAUGGACCCAGCAAGGCCUCUCAGCCCCGCAAGGUCGCAGGCCCCCGCGGGAAGCCGACGCCGUCGAAAUGGGACGACGCCCAGAAGUGGCUGGUCGGCUUCUCCGGCGGCGGCGGCGGCGAAGAGGGCCACUCCAAAACCAAGCCACGAAGCUCCAAUGCCGAAGACAGGCGGCUCCUCCACUCGGCCUCCCAGAAGGGGAGAUUCUCCUGUAGCAGUAUUGACGGGUUGGGAGAGGAGGGAGAAACCAAGAAUAUAGACUUUUGGAAGAUCAACCAGUCGAUGGGGGAGAGCCCAAUCGCCAUGAGAGCAGUCUGCGUGAGGGACAUGGGGACAGAGAUGACGCCGGUAGCCAGCCAGGGGCCGUCGCGGGCGGCGACGCCCAUUGGAGCUACUACGCCGGCGUUGAGGAGCCCCAUCUCUUCGAGGUCUUCCACCCCCGAAAGGAGCUUCCCCACGGAGGGCUACCAGGCGAGCGCCGUGAAUCUGGACACGAAGAACGAAUGCCUGGCUUUCGGCAAGGGAGAGCGAGACAACAUGACCAGCCCAGCGGCGCAGUCAAGGAUUCCUGAUUCUCUGGAGUCCAGAGCCAUGGCGUGGGAUGAGGCCGAGCGUGCCAAGGAUAUGGCGAGGUCAAGAUCAGAUCUCGAAGACCCCAUGGCGUCUAUCUCGUCAUUCACGGAUUUCUAUGCAAUUUUCUCUGUGGAGUGGCCACCGUCACGGCUAGUUCUGAGUCUUCUGUAUGCUUUCAGAUACAAACGCGAGGAGGUCAAGAUCCAAGCCUGGGAGAACCGCGAGAGGAGGAAGGCUGAGAUGGAGAUGAAGAGAAUGGAGGUAACAGCCAUAGAUUCAUAGUGGGAAAAUUCAUCGUCACUGAGGGGUUCUGAGGCGAAUCUCUGAGCGAACUUUAACUUAGCUCAUAAUUCUGAUUACGGAACCAAACCACUCUGCUCAUGAAACUAUUAAAUCCUUGGGUCUCUCUCUCUCUCUCUCUCUCUCUCUCGGUAUCUUUGUUUUUCAUGUAUAAUUGGCACCUCCGUGUCCAGGUGAAAGCCGACAGACUGAAAGCCCGGGCGCAGGAGAGGCUGACGAACAAGCUAGCGGCGGCACGGAGGAUCGCCGAGGAGAAGCGUGCCAACGCGGAGGCCAAGCUGAACGAGCGAGCCGCUAGGACGGCGGAGAGGGCGGAUUACAUCAGGAGGACCGGCCACCUGCCGUCUUCCUUCACCUUCCGGCUGCCUUCCCUUUGCGGUUGA